GUUCAGUGUGGUGACUUCCCUCAUCUAUUGGUGUAUGGACCAUCAGGAGCUGGAAAAAAGACAAGAAUAAUGUGUUUGUUAAGGGAAUUAUAUGGUGCAGGAGUAGAAAAACUGAGGAUUGAGCAUCAGAGUAUAACGGCACCUUCUAAAAAGAAAAUUGAAAUUAGCACCAUUGCAAGUAAUUAUCACCUUGAAGUUAACCCAAGUGAUGCGGGAAACAAUGACCGUGUAGUAAUUCAGGAACUCUUGAAGACAGUAGCACAAUCCCAACAGCUUGAGACAAGCACUCAACGAGAUUUUAAAGUGGUGCUGUUAACAGACGUUGACAAACUAACUAAAGAUGCUCAGCAUGCUUUGCGAAGAACAAUGGAGAAGUACAUGGCGACCUGCAGGCUGAUCCUCUGCUGCAACUCCAUGUCAAAAAUUAUAGGACCUAUUCAAAGCAGAUGCCUGGCUGUACGAGUGCCUGCUCCCAGCAUUGAGGAUAUCUGCCAUGUCUUGUCCAGUGUGUGUAAGAAAGAAGGCCUGACUCUUCCUCAGGAGCUGGCUCAAAGGCUUGCAGAGAAAUCUGGCAGGAACCUUCGGAAGGCACUGCUUAUGUGCGAGUCCUGCAGAGUACAACAGUAUCCUUUUACUGCUGAUCAAGAUAUUCCUGAGAUGGACUGGGAAGUUUAUUUGAGAGAAACUGCAAAUGCUAUUGUUGGUCAACAGACACCGCAAAGGCUUUUAGAGGUCCGUGGACGGCUUUAUGAACUCCUGACACACUGCAUUCCUCCUGAGAUUAUAAUGAAGGGUCUCCUGACAGAACUUCUAAAUAAUUGUGACGGACAACUGAAAGGAGAAGUUGCACAGAUGGCAGCCUUCUAUGAACACCGCUUGCAACUUGGCAGCAAAGCCAUUUAUCAUCUGGAAGCAUUUGUUGCAAAGUUUAUGGCAAUUUACAAGAAGUUUAUGGAGGAUGGACUAGAUGACAUGAUGUUCUAAUGAUAAUGCCCAAAGUCAUAAUAGAAUAUUGUGUCAUGAUGCCAGUGAUGUUGCAAAUGUUGUCUGCUUGUCCGUACUUGGUUGCAUGUGGGUCUAAUUCAAAGUCAAAGAUUUUAUUUUGAUAUUAAUGGAAAACACAGUGAACUAAAGAGUGAUGUUUGUUCGGUUUUAGAAACCAGAUGGAUUGGUUGACAGC